GCAGAAAAAUAUGUAUGUACGACGUAAAUAUUGAUAUAUUUUACUUCAUUAUUUCAGCAAAUCGUCGAAGUGCUGUGGAGAGAUUAGAAGAGACUAAAGCUGUUUAUGUGAAGUCGGGCCAAGUGUUAGACUCGAAGCAACAGGUUCGACACAGCAGUCACCUACAGAUCCUGUCAAAACCGCACCUGGUGUGUGGUUUCACACAAGAACUUCAUACGAAGACUUUAUGUUAUAGCAGGAACGCAGAACGCAAAACGAGCUUUCGAAAUCACGAGAAACAUUCUCACCAGUCUGCAGACUUCGUUCAAAAUAGUAUAGGUAGGAAUUUGAAGAAGCUACCAGGACUAAAAGAAAACGAAUCAAAAAAACCUACAACAGUAAGUCAGUCUUCAGCUUUAAACAUUCCUAGGGUUCUGGCCUCAACAGAUAGGAUGCUGCUAGGUGGAGCUGUCAAAGUACUCGAUGUUUCACAUCAAAAAUCUUCCUUGCCAUUUGGAGUCAGUUCAAGUAAACUGCCGACAGUUGUUCAAUCCGGAGUUAUGCCAAGAGACGGAAGUCCUCGAUUUGGCUCUUCCAACACACAAGCUCGAGAGUGUUCUCAAAGCUGUGAAUUCCAAUGCAAAAAUGGUGAGAAUGCUACUGAUGAAGAAAAUCUGCAUGAUGAAAUCAAAGAAUUGAAUUCUUGCUGCAUCGGGAUGAACGGAGAAGUUGGGAAAUUCUGUUCUAGCAACCUCGAUAACAACGGCGUUCGACGACGACCCAUUUUACGGUCCAAGUCUGACGUGGGUGGGUGUUCUUUCUCGAGAGACCGGUCAGAGCUGUCCAAUAAAAGGAGCAGCAGAGAGAGUGCAGAACUCGAGCGGUUCUUUGAUACAAUGGGACUGGAUGCAAAUGUGUGGAAAAAUAUAAUAUAUGAUCCCCAUUCCUCGUCCCCGACAUGUUUUCUUGAUGUAGGUGGCACCACCUUUUCAGAUGACCAUCAGUCUCAAGCUUGCAGUGAAUAUUCCAGCGUAGAGAACAAAGAAGAUGACACUGACAAAGAAGCUGAACAACUGAACAAACCUAGAGUAACUUCAAUUAUAGAGAAAAAUGCUCGUGUUAUAAAAUGGUUGUGUGGCUGUAAAAGAGCAUCACAGAACACAGGGUGUUAAUUUCAUAUAUCUCUACAACUGUUAUCUUGUUUUGUAUUGAAAUAUUUUUUCAUAUAAUUAUUUUAUUGUCACAUAUAAUUGAAAUGGAUCAGUCUGACUAUUUUAAAGUAUUUUU